AUGGCGAGAAAAAGAAAAACCCCACCUUCUAUAAGAAGACGUUCACCUAUAAGGUGGACUGCUCAGGAAGAUGGAAUCCUCUUCAAGACUGUCCACGCUUGCACAAUCCGUGGGGAGGACCAGUCUCCUCCAUCAGAUCCCAAGAAAACCAGAAAGGAUACUAUUGCAUGGAAGCUGGUUGCACAAUCAUUACCAGAGAGGACGAAUAGAGAUUGCCGCAAGAGAUGGUUCAAGAUCGACCGACGCUGGGUGCAAGGGCCUUGGGCACCAGAUGAAGAGACGCGGUUAAGGGAAGCUGUUGCAAUAUAUGGACCUGGAUGGGACGAGGUUUCAUUCUCAGUCAAAACAAGGAAUCCUGACCAAUGCUUGGAGCACUGGGAGAAAACUCUCCAUCCAAUCGUCGCCAGCCGAAGUCGGGAAAAGAUGGAUGACAUCGAGCUGCUAGAUGUGGUUGGCCAUCAAUCAAGCUACGGCCAGACGGGGUUAGCAGGACGACCAAUAUCGGAAAUCAGGAACCGUGCAAUGUCAAUCUGCUGGCAGCAAAACCCUCUACAAUGGCGUCCUGAAAUCCCCCAGGUAGCGACAGUGUUCGGCCAGCAAGUCAUUAUGGGAAAUGCGACAUACAAUCCUACCAUCGUCCCACAAGAAAAUCCUGCGAUGCUCGAUAUCUAUCAGCAACCGUUUGGGCAGCCCACCAGUGAACACCGAACCAUAUGUGGCAACGGCUUGACUGAGCAGAGCGUCUAUGCACGCAAUAGCCACGACGUACCAAGGGUUUCAACGUCAUACAUGAGACCGAUUCACGAAGAGUCGCGAUACUUUCAGGCACAAGCACCAUCACUGGGCUUGGGAGCGUUAGCCAUGGAA